CUGAAAGCGCCACGUGAUGCAGUGACCGUGUUUGUUCGAUGGCCAGCCAAAAUCCGCUGAGAGGAAGACCGCAGUUGGCGUGAUGGUUACCGUUCAAGUGGCAUCUUAUGGAGAAACCGGCCCCCACCAUGGGAAUAUGGAAUUUCCUAGGAUAUUUCAGAGCUGCCAACAGAAGUGAGUGGCUGUCUCGUUGCUUGUUUUAGCAGGAAGGCGUUUUUACUUGUUGAUACGUAUAGCACUGUGAAAGUCUGAACAAAGUUCUAGUCACAUAACGUUGGUAGGGCAGGAGUGUGUGUGUGUCAUCCCUUGUAAGUGAUUUGUAGCAGUUUACAUGUUGUACGAGAGCAAUGGUGGUCUUUAACACAACAAGACUCUAUUAGCAGGGCAUAUCGAUCUCAGCUCUUCGUAGCCUUGGAUUUUAUCUCCAACGCUGCUGAAUCUCCCCUGGGUCCAACUGCUUAGUUCAGGGCACUGGUCAUUGGCGGGCCUCCCCUUGAAUGAAUGGACAGCUCGGACUGAUAAAAUAUAAUCAGUAUCGUCGCUAUUUCCAUCUCCCAAAGUCUCGGUGCCUCCCUGAAUAUGGGGCGGAUGGCAGGGUUGAGCAGGAUGGGAGGUGCGACAAUCCACGCCCCUUUUUUUAUUUUCGAAGCUGGGAUGUGAUAACAAGUCAACGCUUCUUGACAAAGGUAGGUUUGUUAUGCGUUGGACGUGGAUCAUGUGCUUUUACCCACUUGAGAAAGAGAGAGGAGAGUCGAGUGUGGGGAUGAUGCAAUUGGCGUUGUGUAAUGCACGCACGGUGUUGUGAAAAUGAUUAAAUUGUUGAGGAUGCGUUGGUCACACCUGGCGAUGGUGCUGUUGCAAAGCGCUCUGCUCAAAGUUGGAAAUUCGUGAGUCAAUGGAUCUUUUUUUUGCGUGCCAAUAUCGCCCUACAAUAAAGUAUGCAUCAGUGCACAUUUACAGCGGAACCGGAACGGUAACAGGGGGCAUUGGAGCAACAAGAAUGAGAAAAUAAACCACGUCGAGCAAAGUAUCAAAUCCUGGGGCCAUCAUCGUUCCUCUUUGUAGGAAUUCAACAAUUGUCAUUUUGCGGAUAAUCAGGCCCCUGCCAGAGGAAUGUGGAAUCCCCGCGAAUUGUUUAACGCAACCAAUUAAGCCGAGCCCCACUCAGCGCUCAAAGGAGUAUGCGAUUGAUUAUUGCGUCGUUUUUUUUUCUUAUCAACGUGACAACUGCGCGAAUAUCGCCAACGUGAAGUUCACACGACGAACUGGAAAGACGAGCCAACGAACGGGUCGGUGAGGCGCGAUGGGAGCAGCAAGCAGCAGCACAGGUUAUUGCCGCAGAAGAAAUCAUCACCGCACCUUGUCCAAGAGGGUCAUACGAGACCGUCCAAGCAACAUGGCUCUGUUGAGAGCCUCGUGAAGCACACCCUCCACGCCGAAGCGAGCUUGCUGUGAGGACGAAAGAAACCCCAAGAGCAGAAGAACCCGACGGCCAAAAAGCAUCCCGACCGUUGGCUUGUGGCGACUAAAGGGACGCGGAGAAGAUUCGCGGGAGCAGCAGCAGCAGCAGCAGCUUCGGCAUGCGUCGUUGCUCGCGCGCCCUUGCCCCGUGCCCGAGCUGCAGCGUGGCCGCGGCAAUGCUGUGCGCGUGCCUCGUCGCUCUGUCUGUGCACCUCGCGAUCGCGACGGAGCUUGGAGCAGCGCCAAGGCUCACGCACACGUACCAGGCCAUGGAGAGCCGAGGGCGGCUGCGAGCGUUCACGCGGCCCAGCGUCAGCAACUACUCGACGCUGCUGCUGUCGGAGCAGGGGGACGUGUUGUACGUCGGGGCACGCGACGCCGUCUUCUCGCUCAACCCAAGCAACAUCUCCGAGGAGACGCACAGUCGGGUCGACUGGGAUGCGUCAUCCAAGCAGCAAGAGUGUGUGAUGAAGGGCAGAAGUGAAACGAUGGAGUGCUUCAACUUCAUCCGGGUGCUCGUCGAGCUUAACGAGACGCACCUCUUUGUAUGUGGGACGUACGCCUUCCAUCCAAUGUGUGCCUACAUUGAGAAGGAGAACUUCACCCUGGUGACGACGACUCAAGGCGAGGUCCUGACGGAGGAUGGGCGGGGGCGUUCCCCGUACAACCCCACGCAGGCAUACACGGCCACGCUCGCUGAUGGGGAGCUGUACUCGGCCAUGAUGAAAAACUUCCUGGGCACGGAGCCUGUGAUUCAGCGCAGCCUGGGCAGCCGGCCUGCCAUGAAGUCCGACCUGCUGGUGUCCUGGCUCUACGAGCCGAGGUUCGUGGGGUCGGAGUUUGUGCAGGAGGAUCCCGAGGGCGACGAGGAUGACAAGGUGUACCUCUUCUUCACGGAGACGGCGCGGGAGUUUGAGUUCUACAGCAAGGUGGUGGUGUCACGCAUCGCCCGCGUCUGCAAGGGAGACAUGGGAGGCACGCGCAUGCUACAGCGCAUGUGGACAUCGUUCCAGAAGGCGCAGCUUGAGUGCUCGCUCCCCGAGCGCAACAUCCACUUCAACCUCAUCCAGGACGUGUUCACGCUGCGCACGGCGCCCGGCCAGACGACCUUCUACGCCGUCUUCAUCGUCGAAGUUGGGGGCACGAACGUAUCGGCCGUGUGCGCCUACAGCAUGGAUGACGUGCGGCAGACCUUCCAGGGCCGCUUCAAGGAGCAGAAGGGGCCCGACCAGAGAUGGGCCACAUUCACGGGGGACAUCCCGGAGCCUCGGCCUGGCAGCUGCCUCAGAGGCCAGUCGUCCCUCGACUUGCCGGACCGCACGGUCAGCUUCGCCAGGGACCACCCUCUCGUAGACCAAACGGUGGAGCCCGUGGGCCAGCGGCCCCUCCUGGUGGCGGCGAACGCGCGCUACACGCAGCUCGCCGUGCAGACCGUGCGCUCGCUUGGCGGCGCCGACCACCGCGUCAUGUACAUGGCCACAGAUGCUGGGACUCUACACAAAGCCAUAAAUAUCAACGGAGACAUGCAUCUGAUUGAGGAGAUGCAGCUUUUCUCAGAGCCCCAAUCAAUAAACAGCCUACUUCUUCUGGAAACAAAGGGCCUGCUGUACGUCGCCUCGUCGUCGUCGGUGCUGCAGGUGCCCGUGGCUGACUGCGGCGCCUACGCCACGUGCGGUGACUGCGUGCUGGCGCGGGACCCGCACUGCGCGUGGGACGCGCGGUCGGAGCGCUGCCGCGACACGCAGGAGGCCGAGCCCGCAUCCGCGUGGAUUCAGGACAUUGAACGUGCGGACGCAAGCGGCCUUUGUCCCGCUGACCCAGUGGAGGAAAAGGAGGUGAGGAUCCAGGCGGGCUUGCCGCUGCUCCUGCGCUGCACGCCACCCUCUAACCUCGCGACAGAGCAGUGGGAGCACGACGGCAGGCAGCUGACCUCGCAGGAGGUGGCCUACACUGUCUAUCCCCGCGUUGGGCUGCUGCUGUCCUCGCCCGGGCCCCAAUCCGUCGGCUCCUACAUCUGCUACACGCUCGAGGGCGGCUUCAGGCGCGCUAUGGCGAGCUUCAACGUUCGCAUGCCGCCGACCACAACGACUACCACCACCACCACCACCGUGCCCACCACAACCGUGCCUACCACUGCCGCCACCACCACCACCACCACGCCCGUCACCGAGAUCACCCCCGUGGUGCACAAGAAUUCCGACUUAGACGGUUCGGGGUUGGACGAGAUGACCAGGAACAACGCCUCCUUCGCGCCCACUGCCACGGCGCCCAGCACCACCGCGGGCUCCAGCAACGAGAACGCAGGUAAUGGCGAAAGAUCAAAGUCGUUGUCACGUACUCGGGAGGAGACACCGGAGGUUGUAAUCAGACCGCAGACGCAAAUGCAGGCGCAGUCGGGCAGCGAGGGCGUGGGCAUGGUGGUGGCCCUGGCUGUCUCGUUGGCCGUCAACGUGCUGCUGCUGCUGUUCGUGGUGCACCGCGCGCGCGAGUGCAAGAAGCGCGUGGCACGGCUGGUGCACUGCGAGAUGCCCGAGCGGCCUUGCACGCCACACGGCACCAAGGCCGGGCAGAACCGGGCAGAUGCGGUCACGCCGGUGCGGUCACCCACCCACUGCAUAAACAUGGACCCCGACACGAAGUCGCCACUCAUUGGAACGCCGGCUUUAAACGAAUCGCAGGCGUAGCGGCGGCAGUGAGACGAAGAAGUCGCGGAACGGAACGGUGUGCUUGGUCGCAUUUCACGCAACUGCCAAGAAACUGACUAAUCCUGUAUUGAACUUCGGCUGGGCUCACGCUGUGGGUCGUCUUGUCGGCAAUGAGGAGAUGGAUUAGAAUUCUGGAUUUGCAAAGGUUGAUUCAUAAACUUUUCAACCGGCAGCUUUAAAACUUUCAUUGUGCUACGCGAUUGAGACUUUUAUCUUUUUUUACAAAAGAAGCAAGAAGGGUACGAAGACGGACACACCUUGCAACUGAUUUUCAAUUCAUUAUUAUUGAGAAUCGCAAGCCAUAAGGCUGUAUGUACAACAAUUACUUUAUGAUUACCUUAAAGUGAAUCCUGUAUUUUGAGGUUAUUCGGAACUGAAAAUUAAAGCAGCACAGAAUCUAUUUCAUUUCAACAGAUAGGUGAUAACAAACAACGAUUGAUGAAACGUAUUGAGUUGAUCUUUUUUUUUUUUGCAACUGCUCAUUCGUUUGUACACUGUUUGCCGAGAAAAGCCUUUUUCCUUCUUAACUGUCAUUGGUUUUAACUGCAUUUAUUUUCAUCGGAUGAGAAUUUACUGUCUUCUGCACUCGUUGUCAAUCUGGGAGCUCGCUUGGGUUGCGUUUCGGCAAGUAGCCUUUCAUUGAAGUGUACAUUUUCACAUUUUAGGGCAGCUAUGUGUGUGUUUUUUUAGGGCAAGCAAAGUGGUAAGUGUAUAAUUACAUUUUUAUGACAACAAGAAAAAAAGAUAAAUCUUUUGGCCGAAAGUGUGUGCAUUUUUUUGUAAGAGCCUCCUGGCUUUGUUGUUAAAGCCCUUCCACUGCGUGAACGUCUGGACAAGUAACCCAGCUGUGCACCUUAGUUUGGUUCUCUGAAGGACUUGCCAUCUCUCUAGCCUGCUCCUUCAGUUUUGAAUUUUGCUACCAUAGAUAUAAAAAUGCUGCCCCCUAGUGCCUGUGCGUGUUUGCGUGGUUUUUUUGGAGCUUCCAGAAGUGGUCUUUUUUUUGCGUCGUGGGCAAUGUGGAGAUUUGUGGGGGGAGAGGGACUGUAGAUUUGAUUGGCCAACUCAUAACACACAUUGUGUUGUGGAGCCCGUGGAAAAAUUAAUCAAUUUGGGUUCCUGCUAAGCAGGAAGCUGCUCCUCUCCGACAGUGGCACAUACUUGCAUAGCUCGAGCUCAGCAUUGAGCAAUGCCCAUCAAGAACCAGGGAGUGGCCAGCCAAUGUGAUGUUCACCACUGCUGGCAGCCACACAGAGUCCUUGAACCAUCCUUUAAUCAACCUUCCAGGCAUUACGGGGUUGUGUAACUGUGCACGUGCUUUUUGACAUCCGCUUAGUUGCACAAUGCUUUUGGUGUCCGCUCGCCCACGCCGCAGUGUUAAACGCGGCCCAUUCCCUUUGUUGUGUUUCACGUCCAUGGCCACGCCGAGAACGGUGUACAUGUUUCACGUCCGUGGCCACGCCGAGAAUGGUGUACAUGUUUGACGUCCGUGGCCACGCCGAGAACGGUGUACAUGUUUGACGUCCGUGGCCACGCCGAGAACGGUGUACAUGUUUGACGUCCGUGGCCACGCCGAGAACGGUGUACAUGUUUGACGUCCGUGGCCACGCCGAGAACGGUGUACAUGUUUGACGUCCGUGGCCACGCCGAGAACGGUGUACAUGUUUCACGUCCGUGGCCACGCCGAGAACGGUGUACAUGUUUCACGUCCGUGGCCACGCCGAGAACGGUGUACAUGUUUCACGUCCGUGGCCACGCCGAGAACGGUGUACAUGUUUCACGUCCGUGGCCACGCCGAGAACGGUGUACAUGUUUGACGUCCGUGGCCACGCCGAGAACGGUGUACAUGUUUCACGUCCGUGGCCACGCCGAGAACGGUGUACAUGUUUCACGUCCGUGGCCACGCCGAGAACGGUGUACAUGUUUGACGUCCGUGGCCACGCCGAGAACGGUGUACAUGUUUCACGUCCGUGGCCACGCCGAGAACGGUGUACAUGUUUCACGUCCGUGGCCACGCCGAGAACGGUGUACAUGUUUGACGUCCGUGGCCACGCCGAGAACGGUGUACAUGUUUCACGUCCGAGGCCACGCCGAGAACGGUGUACAUGUUUCACGUCCGUGGCCACGCCGAGAACGGUGUACAUGUUUGACGUCCGUGGCCACGCCGAGAACGGUGUACAUGUUUCACGUCCGUGGCCACGCCGAGAACGGUGUACAUGUUUCACGUCCGUGGCCACGCCGAGAACGGUGUACAUGCACCGCGACGGGUGGGAUGAUGGCGCCAUCUGAAUUGCGCCGCCUCGCAAGGGGCACUGCAAUGGGCGUCGCAUCGCUGGAAACCUGCACCUUUGUGCACCUCGCUUGUUUUUCCACGUCAAAUGGAGCUUUUUUGUGCGUGCUUCAUUGCAACGGUUUAAAGCAUGUGGGUUUGUCCGUCGUGUCGCCAAUUCACAGGGAAAAUAACGUCGCGUGUUCAAUCGAGUGUGUGAAUAUUUUAAGGGAAUCGGCGUUUUUGUCAGUUGGUUAUGUUGUCAUGUUCAAAUAAUCUUGGGACGGUACUCAUCUCCGAUGGUGGUCCUUGGCCAAUGGUGAAAAUUCCACGUUUCUAUGGCGGGGGCCUUUCUGCUGUUGACUUCUCGCAAGGUGGCAGUCAUUUUAAUUACCACAGAGAGCUGUUGGCCUGGGUCGUCCACCCCAGCAAGGAAUUUUACUUUCAACCGUCUGACUGUGAGUCGAGCACUCUUGCUGCAGUGUUAACUGGACUAUAAGUAAAACAUUUUUGUUGUGUUUUGAUAGUUUUUAAACUUUAAACGUCCAAUUAAAAAUGUGCACAGUCCGAGUAAAUCUAAAAUUUGCACGGGGUAUAGUCCUGCAUACACACGGGCUCGUGAAACACUGGGUACGGAGUGGAGUGGUUGUCCAGACAUCAUGGUUAAACGGGCCAUUGUUUUUAUGCCUUUAUUUUGUUAAAUUAAUCAAUCGUGGGAAAAUGAAAUUACCGUAACUGUACUUUAUCAAGACAAAUUGGGACCGGGUGCUUUUUGCCAAUAUGUCUGAAAGUAUUUUUUUAUAUAUAUACCUGUGGGUCUGUAAAACAGCAAGAAUUAAGGGGAAGAGCAACACACGUUUUCGUAGUUAGAAUUAGCACUUAACAGGCUUGGAACAAACAAACAAAAACUGCAAACUGUCAUCGCACAAUUCUGCAAUGGGAAA